UGCAAUUUGGCAAUCAAAUUAUGCCUAUGAAGUGAAUGAAAGGAGGGACCUACACUUAGCUAGUUAUACUGAUCAAGAAAAAGGGCCAAAAGAAUGUGUUGAAGAAAACUUCAAACUUCCUUGUAAUAAAACACCUGAGCAAAUAGUGUUUGGAUAUUUAAAGAAAGAAAUUAUAAACACUCACAACGAGUUAUUGGCAAAGGUGACAAUGGAACAAGAAACUGAGGAUAAACUAUUUACAAACUUUUUGCAAACUUUAGAGGAAAAUUCAGGCGGAAAGAUGCGUUAUUUCAAAACAAUAGUGGAUGUUUACUACAUCCCAAAGAGCUAUUGGGAUCAAUUUUAUAGGCUGGCUGAAGUUUUCCUUCAACACAAAAUUUACAUGGAAAUUGCAGUUCCAAGUAUUUUACGUGGAAUCGAGAAAAAUAUUAGCGACCAACCAGUCACGCUACUUGAAGGUCGUCAAUAUGCCAGAAGUAAAAUGGUACCAAUUUUAUUCAAAAACAAAGAAUGGUACUCUUGGCAUCCAUUUAAACUUGGAAAGAUCCAAAGUGGAGACAACGAUACAAUACAAGCAUAUUGUUCCUUGUUUCAUGGUAAUUGGUAUAGGAACCCUAUAAACAUUGAAUGAGACUGAUCAGCCAAUUAUACCAGUGCCAAUUACAAUUUUAGAUUGGUCACUACUAAAUUAGUUAGUCAUGGCUAUAGUUAGGGAAUGUAUCAAAAGUCAUUUAUUUUACUUACUGCAUGACAUUUCCAAGGUUAAAAUGUGCCCCAGCAUGUUGAGGGUUAAUGGC